AGAGUGUGGGCUACAAAAGAAGCGGGCCUGGUGGAAAAGGCCCAACUCGAAGAAGAAGAAGAAGAAGAAGAACACUCGAACUCGCACUUAUAUUCUUCAACUCUGCUGGUUGCUGGUUGAAAAUCAAUCGGCGGUUAUUGUUGAUAAUCAACAUCAUCAGGAUGGGAAGCGAAGAAGAGAAUGCAGAGUUCUACUUGAGAUACUACGUUGGUCAUAAGGGUAAAUUCGGACAUGAAUUUUUGGAGUUUGAGUUCCGUCCAGAUGGUAAGCUUCGUUAUGCUAACAAUUCCAAUUACAAAAACGAUACAAUCAUUCGUAAGGAGGUUUAUCUUACUCCUGCUGUUCUUCGUGAGUGUCGUCGUAUCAUUUCUGACAGCGAGAUUAUGAAGGAAGAUGAUAACAACUGGCCAGAACCAGACCGUGUUGGUCGUCAGGAACUUGAGAUUGUGAUGGGGAAUGAGCAUAUCUCCUUUACUACUUCCAAGAUUGGUUCUCUUGUUGAUGUUCAAAGCAGUGCUGAUCCUGAAGGCCUUCGCAUCUUUUACUAUCUUGUUCAGGAUUUGAAGUGCUUUGUCUUCUCUCUUAUUUCACUUCACUUCAAGAUCAAGCCUAUAUAAGAUGUUCCCAAUUAUUUUUCGAGUUUGUCUUCUUGGAAAUGUGCACUCUUUGAACAACUUUCCUUUUUAGCUAAUGAAGUUUGAAACAUGUAUCGGUGAUGAACAGAAAAACCUGAUUUGAAUGGAUAACCUUUGUACCAGAUCUUUGCUUUUUAUAUUUAUGGUUUUGGAUAUUCUUUCUCUUUCUCUUUCACUUGCUUCCAUUGUUUGAGCAUGCUGUCUGUAUGGAAUGUGCACAUACCGAAUUUAAGAUUUCUUUGACUA